UGCCAUGGCGACAGCGCGGUUGAGCUAACGAGCUCCUCUGACAACCAAUAGAAGCUAGGAGAGGGCGGGGCCCGCUGGGUCUUUUGCGGCUGCGGCGGGCUGGCAGGUGUCCGGCUUUGCUGGCCCAGCAAGCUUGAUAAGCAUGAAGCUCUUAUCUUUGGUGGCUGUGGUCGGGUGUUUGCUGGUGCCCCCAGCUGAAGCCAACAAGGUGAGGGAGGUGAGCCUGCAGCACCUGGUCACGACCGCCACCACCGUGCACGGCCACCCUGUCUGCAGGGCUGACUCAGAGAGUUCUGAAGACAUCCGGUGCAAAUGCAUUUGUCCACCUUAUAGAAACAUCAGUGGGCACAUUUAUAACCAGAAUGUGUCCCAGAAGGACUGCAACUGCCUGCACGUGGUGGAGCCCAUGCCGGUGCCUGGCCAUGACGUGGAGGCCUACUGCCUGCUGUGCGAGUGCAGGUACGAGGAGCGCAGCACCACCACCAUCAAGGUCAUCAUUGUCAUCUACCUGUCUGUGGUGGGUGCCCUCUUGCUCUACAUGGCCUUCCUGAUGCUGGUGGACCCUCUGAUCCGAAAGCCAGAUGCAUACACUGAGCAACUACACAAUGAGGAGGAGAAUGAGGAUGCUCGCUCUAUGGCAGCAGCUGCUGCAUCCCUCGGGGGACCCCGAGCAAACACAGUCCUGGAGCGCGUGGAAGGUGCCCAGCAGCGGUGGAAGCUGCAGGUGCAGGAGCAGCGGAAGACAGUCUUCGAUCGGCACAAGAUGCUCAGCUAGAUGGGCUCAUAUGGUUGGGUCAAGGCCUCAACACCAUGGCUGCCAGCUUCCAGGCUGGACAAAGCGGGGGGCUGCUUCUCCCUUCCCUCGGUGCCAGUUUUCCCUUUAAGAGCCCGUGGCAUUUUUCCUUCUCCUCCCUAACUUUAGAAAUAUUGUACUUGACUAUUUUGAUUAGGGAAGAGGGAUGCGGUCUCCGAUCUCUGUUGUCUCCUUGGGUCUUUGGGGUGGAAGGGAGGGGAAAGGCAGGCCCGAAGGGAAUGCAGACAUUUGAGGCGGCCUCAGGCGUGGAUGCAGUCUCUCUCUCCUGGCUCCACUCUUGCCGCCUUCCAGCUCCGAGUCUUGGGAAUGUUGUUACCCUUGGAAGAUAAAGCUGGGUCUUCAGGAACUCAGUGUCUGGGAGGAAAGCAUGGCCCAGCAUUCAGCAUGUGCUCCUUUCUGCAGUGGUUCUUAUCACCACCUCCCUCUGAGCCCCAGCUCCAGCCCUGAGGACAGCUCUGAUGGGAGAGCUGGGCCCCCUGAGCCCACUGUGGUCUUCAGGACGCACCUGGAAGCUGGUGUUCCCUGUCCCCUGUGCACUCCUCCCAUUGGGACAUGGAGUGCCCUUGCAUACUCUGCUGCCGGUCCCCUCACCCGCGCUUGAGGGGGCUGGGCAGUCCCUCCUCUCCCCAGUGUCCACAGUUGCUGAGCCAGAUGGUUGGUUGGAACACGAGACUGGAGGCUGACCGUGGAUCUGAACACCGCAGCCCCUGUCCUUGGGUCGCCUCUUGUCGCUGAACUUCGUUGUACCAGUGCAUGGAGAGAAAAUUUUGCCCUUCUCUUGUCUUAGAGUUGUGUGUAAAUCAAGAAGCCAUCAUUAAAUUGUUUUACUUCUCUCA